CAACACAUCAGCCACAACAGCAGCGGCAACAAACACCUUCUUCAACCUCGAUCAGCAUCCUCACCACCUUCUCUCAACCAGCAGCACCAAAGCAACCCACCAAGCAGCCAGCCAUGGUGCUCCUCUCUAUGGACAGCCUCUUCUCCCCGCGCUGCGUGUGGGUGAACGGGCCCAUCAUCAUCGGCGCCGGGCCCUCGGGCCUCGCCGUGGGCGCCAGCCUCCGGGAGCAGGGCGUGCCGUACAUCAUGCUGGAGCGCGAGGACUGCAUCGCCUCCCUCUGGCAGAAGCGCACCUACGACCGCCUCAAGCUCCACCUCCCCAAGCAGUUCUGCCAGCUCCCCCGCAUGCCCUUCCCCGCCGACUACCCCGAGUACCCCACCCGCCGCCAGUUCAUCGACUACCUCGAGUCCUACGCCGCCGCCUUCGACGUCAAGCCCGAGUUCGGCAGCACCGUGCAGUCCGCCCGCUACGACGAGACCUCGGGGCUCUGGCGCGUGCACUCCUCCUCCGCCGCCUCCGGCGAGAUGGAGUACAUCGGCCGCUGGCUCGUGGUCGCCACCGGCGAGAACGCCGAGAACGUGGUGCCCGACAUCCCCGGCCUCGACGGCUUCGCCGGCGAGGUGGCCCAUGUCAGCGAGUACAAGUCCGGCGAGAAGUACAAGGGCAAGCGCGUCCUCGUCGUCGGCUGCGGCAACUCCGGCAUGGAGGUCUCCCUCGACCUCUGCGACCACGGCGCGCUCCCGUCCAUGGUGGUGCGCGACGCCGUGCACGUGCUGCCCCGCGAGGUCAUGGGCAAGUCCACCUUCGAGCUCGCCACGCUGCUCAUGGCGUGGCUCCCGCUCUGGUUCGUCGACAAGAUCAUGGUGUUCCUCUCCUGGAUCAUCCUCGGCAACCUCGCCGGCUUCGGCAUCCGCCGCCCGGCCAUCGGCCCGCUCACGCUCAAGAACAAGUACGGCAAGACACCGGUGCUCGACACCGGCGCGCUCGCCAAGAUCAGGUCCGGCGACAUCACCGUCGUGCCCGGAGUGUCCCGGUUCACCAAGAGCAGGGCCGAGCUCACCGACGGCACCGCCCUCGACCUCGACGCCGUGGUGAUGGCCACGGGCUACCGCAGCAACGUUCCCCAGUGGCUCCAGGGCACCGACUUCUUCGGCAAGGACGGGUACCCGACCACCGCCUUCCCCAACGGGUGGAAGGGCCAGUCCGGGCUCUACUCCGUGGGCUUCACCCGCCGCGGCCUCUCCGGCGCGUCCGCCGACGCCGUCCGCAUCGCCAAGGACCUCGGGCAGGUGUGGCGCGAGGAGACCAAGCCCACCACCAAGCGGGCCGCCGGCGCCUGCCACAGGCGCUGUAUCUCCGUCAUCUUCUAAACAACCACAACGCCGGCUCCCUCCGGCGACGACGGCGAAGACGACUAACCAAAUCCCCUUGAUUACUUUGUUGAUGAUGAAGAUGUUGAUUUCGUUCGUUGUAAGAGUAAGAGUAAGAGUGAGAGAGUGAGUGAGUGAGUGUGAUGUGAAAAAAAAAGAUGUUAAUUACCUAGGUUAUACAGUAUGUAAGGGUAGGAGGAUAUACUACAAGCGGAGCCCUCUUGUCAGUGGGGAAGCGGAGUGAGCCCCUAGGGCCGGGAUUUUUAUUACUGUAGCUAAGGGGCGCCAUGGUCACUGCUGUACAGCUAGCGCGACAGUCAUCAGACACUUAGCUUUACCCAGUGAUGAAAGAUGAGGCUCAUUUGACCAUGUUGUAAAAACACCUUCUUUUUUUCUUUCAAUUUUUACUUUACUGCCUUUUGUGUAACCCUUCCUCAGUGAAUAUACAUGACCAAU